AUGGUAACGAGACACAAAACAAAGUUAAAAAAGUCGUCAAUGGAAGCCUUUACAGUGCCAAUCCACUGGGCUAGUCAAUCAACGUCGAACCCGUGGUAUGAGUGGAAUACAAUCAUAUUCUCUACACAGAAAAAGUCUUCACGGCUUGUAAACUUCUACCGCUCCCUUUGUCAAGACAUGAGAGAAUACUUAUUAACUUCUACUUUACACGGUCUUCGCUACAUUGGCGAAAAAAAAUUGACAUGGCUUGAGCGAUUCUUCUGGUUAAUCGCUUUCGGUAGUUCCCUGAUAUGCGCUGGAUUCUUCAUUCUAAACGUUUACGCAAAAUGGCGAAUGUCACCUAUGAUCGUCAGCAUCAAUCCGGAAAAUAUGCCGCUUAACAAACUUCCGUUCCCUGCGAUUACAAUCUGUAAUGUUAACCAAGCGAAGAAGUCUGUUGCUGAACGGUAUAAAAUGUUUGGCAAUUCAGUAGAUAAGAAACUAUUAGAAAGUCUUUGCUCAUCUCAAACAGAUGCAGAUAUUUUUGAAAAUGAUAUCGCCGACAGCGCGGAUUGGGAGCACACACGCUCUUUUCUUAUUAAUGUGACCCAACCUUGCAACGAGAUGUUAUCAUUAUGUAUUUGGGACUCAGUGAGUAUGAACUGCCAGGACCUAUUCAACGCUCAGCUCACUGACGAAGGUUUAUGCUGUACAUUCAAUGUCGUGCAUCGACAGAAUAUGUUUCGUAAUCCAAAGGAUCUCAACGACAUGAACUUCACAUUUCCAUUGCCAGCUGUUGACUGGACUCCUGAAACCGGAUUUCCUGACGAUGCACCGGCUGACGGAUUUCCUUGGAAACCAAAGGGUAUUGGAACUGACCAUGGUCUAACUUUGGUACUAGAUGCAAAUAUCGCAGAAUAUUAUUGCGCGUCUACCAAAAGCCCCGGUUUUAAGAUUCUUCUACACAAUCCGACAGAAACACCAAACAUUGCAAAACUAGGCGAGGUAUACGGUCCAGGCAUCGAAGCACGUGUGUCCAUACAGCCAAGAAUAUUAGACGCGCAGCCAUCUCUAAAGAGUAUCGACAUCAAAAAAAGGCUGUGUCUGUUCUCUAGUGAAAAGGAAUUAGUAUUCUACAGAACUUACACGUUAAGGAACUGCGAAAUGGAAUGUGAAGCUCGUAUUAUGUUGGAUAUUUGCAAAUGUGUGCUAUAUUACAUGCCUAAAAACAAAACAACACGAGUCUGUGGUAAAGCAGAUGCUAAGUGCUAUGGCAAUUUGAAGCAAUAUGUUCCGAGUGAUCGCGAACUUGCUUGCGAGGAAUGUCUGCCGGCCUGCACGGAAAUCUCUUUCUCCGAGAGACCAAGCAGCGCACUGCUGAACAAAGAUCUGGUGGGACACUACACGCAGACCGUCAGUCUAGCACAAAACAGAUCUCCAGAAUAUUUCACCGAAAACAUGUUAGUGAUACAUUUUUACUUUGAAGAUAAUUCAUUUAUGAGAUUUACAAAAGGCGAAAUUUUCGGACUCACUGAAUUUUUAUCAAAUACCGGUGGUCUCCUCGGCCUGUGCAUGGGGUUCAGCAUGAUGAGCCUCGUAGAACUUCUGUAUUACAUGACAAUACGCGCCUUGUGCGUUGCGAGGCAGAAGAAAAAUAUACAACCAUUUCAGAAAUAAAUCAUUUUAAAAUCAA